GCGGCAUUUUUGCACCUUUCCCGUACCGUCUCGAUAAACCCUAGUCUUGAUGGGUGUGAUGAGGGACUUUGGGAGGCUGCGGGGCUGUCUGAUUGUUAUUUUAAUCGUACCUCUAGUCCACAGCCAUGUCCGUUUUGUAUGUCCCCGCCCGCGAAGCCCAAGAACAGACCUAACGGAAGACCAGCAAAAUGGUGCCUGUGGCCUUGGUAACCCAGAGGACAGCCAAAGGGAUGAAGAUGUAACAGUUGUCUCCCCUGGGCCUUUAACUGUUCGCUUUGAAGAAACCCAUUUUCAUACAGACUCUCCAUUCCAUAUUAGCCUUCAUUCCUAUGAUAAUGACACCCAUUGGUGUUCUCUGCUCAACCAUAUACCUCAUAAUAACAUGGCCUCUGUGGACAACCCAGGCUGCAAGGACAGUGUCUAUCCCAUAGGACAUUGUACAAAGAGCACAUAUUAUGUGACAGUAAACAUUCCAGAUGUCUCUUGUGAACUGUGUUACCUCAAGCUGAGCUUUAUAACCCUGGAUAAAGUACCAAUGUCGAAGUUACCAUGUCAAGAACCAAAUGGAACGUGUAAGACCUAUGUCAGUUGUGCCAAUAUCAAAAUCCAAGGCCAUAGUAGUGGUGGCAGUGAUGACUCUCAUGGCUUGGAGACAUGUACAAACUACAGUGAUAACUUACUGGGGAAAUGGCCGUAUACCCAACAACAGGUGUUCAAGGCCACUCUCUCACCUGAAGUUGAAGCCACCUUCACGUUCGAUUAUUAUGACAUGUCUUUGAGUUACCACAUUCCGACAAAAACAAUUGGAACUGUGAUGUCUGUGGAGUUGUACAAGAAUGGUGAAAAUAAGACGACCUUGCUCAGACAGUCCAUCACCGUAGAUGACAACACUGAUGAUGGUGUGACUGGGAAGUGGAAAAACCCUUCAAUCCCCCUGCCUCAGUUAAUUGUUGGGAAUUACCAAGUGAAAAUUGUAACCAUAAAAAAGACAUUCCAAAGUUCACUGAAGUACCUCAGAGAUAUGCACCAGCCAGGGGUGUACGUACCCCAGAGAGCGUCCUACAGCAAGCAAGGCUGGCUGAAUGGCCCUGAGUUUGUUGGUCCAGGAGCGAGUUACUCUGAGGGUGUUGAGCCAUUUGGGAAAUGUGCCCCUCAGCCAUACUACUACAUCUCCUCUAUGGUGCCCCAGCUGAGCAAUCUACACCUGAAUCUGUCGCAGCACCCACCCCAUGGGGUUCUGUCCGCAGCAUUUACUGACAACCGUGUUCACAUCACAGCCAUAUUCCACGGGCUCAGUGAGCAUGCUCAGUUGGUCACACUGCAGGGCCCUGUUUUGGCAGAAACUGACAUUCAGAUUGAUACUGUGAAGGUUUGUCCACUCAAGCCUCAGUCGUGA